AUGGGCUCUGCAACUGAAACUCCGCAUUUUGAGAUUCCCACCCACUGCAAGGCUGGCGUGGUCAUCAAUGAAGGUCCAAAUUUCCAUCUCGAGGUUCAAGUGGUGCCGGUCCCUGAGCCAGGGCCGGAUGACGUCUUGUUGCGGUUGAACUUCACCGGUCUUUGCUCAUCCGAUAUCCAUAUGAUGCAGGGGGAUCUAGGCCUGCCACCUAUGUCAGCCUUCGGUGUCCGAUCUCCGGGUCAUGAGGGUGCGGGUGUCGUCGUCAAGGUUGGCGCGAAUGUGAAGACCUUCAAGUUGGGUGACAGAGCUGGUAUCAAACCUCUCAUGGACACGUGCCAUGCCUGUCAUCUUUGUUGGGAUGACAAGGAAUGUUAUUGCAAGAAAGCCAUUCACACUGGAUUGAUGACGGCCGGAACGUACCAGCAAUAUCUCGUGUCCCCUGCCCGGUACGCGUCUCCAAUUCCCGAUGGCGUGCCGGACGAGAUUGCCGCCCCCGUAAUGUGCAGCGCGAGCACUAUCUACCGAUCAAUCAUUGAAUCCAAUCUGAAAGCCGGCUCUUGGGUAUGUUUCCCGGGCGGCGGAGGUGGCGUUGGAAUACAGGGCGUGCAGCUGGCCAAAGCCUUCGGAAUGCGCCCCAUCGUCGUUGACACCGGGGCCGAAAAACGCACAUUGGCAAUGGAGAUGGGAGCAGAAGCCUUUGUUGAUUUCAAGGAGUCGGAGGACCCUUCGAAAUCCGUAAUUGAUAUCGCAGAUGGUGUCGGGGUACACGGGGUUUUCGUCACGGCUCCAGCCGCAUAUAAAACUGCAGUCUCUUACGUCGGAGAUCGAAUCGGAUCCAUGGUGAUGUGUAUUGGAUUGCCGCAAAGGGGGUCGAUGAUUCUCGGGACCGACCCUUGUGAGUACAUUUUCAAGAAUCUUAGCAUCAAGGGGACCUUGGUGGGCAGCCGACGAGACACGGCCGCGGCUCUGGAUUUUGCCAGAAGAGGCAUGCUUCGGCAGAUCAGCGAAGUCUACCCGAUAAACCGAUUGCCCGAGGCCGUGGAAAAAUUGCGCCGAGGACAAGUUGCCGGUCGCAUUGUGGUCAAUUUCAACUGGGAGGAGUAG